AUGCUCUGCCUUGACAGUGAAGACGAAUUCGAGGGUCUCGAUCACGAGAGCCGAUGCCUUCUUGACGAAGACUUCCAUAAUCAGCAUCUAUUUGCCAACCUUCUUGUAGGCGAGGACGACGAAAUCGGCAUGACUGUGCUCCCUGAAACUUGUUCUACGGGUGAAUUGCUCAACGACAUGCUAUUUACGGCUGCUGUUAGCGACGGUUUUCUCAGCAGUGGCCUUACUACUCUAGGCUUCAGCGAUCACUGGUUGCCCGGCACAUCCUCUUCCCAAGAGGAGUAUAACUCGACCUUCAUGAGAACGAAUUCGGCUCCUCUCGGCGUGGUGCUUGAUAGCACUGCACCGCAUAAUUCGCAAGAGAUUUCAGGUUCGUUCACAGGAAGGCACAUAGAGCCGGCAACAAGUAUUUAUCAAUCAUUGACGAAGAAUUGCGAGCAGCCAUUCUUCGCCAGUUUCAAUGCUCCUCCUGCAUUGCAUACAGCCUGCUCUGGUUGCCGGGACAUCGACGACGACCUCUUGGAUUCUCGAUCUGACUCUGAGGGCAGUGGGUUAGUUUCGAUCCAUUCAGACUCAGAUGGUCAUGGGAUCAUGGACUUCGGCGAUGAAGGUGUGAAGAUCUCAUCAGAACCAAGGUCUACUAGCUGA